AUGUAUAUUAUAGGGUUAUACUCAAGAGAUAGUUACAAUAGCUUUCAAGAGGACACAAUCGAUUUAGAUCCUAAUUCUUCGACAACAUUUGUUUACAAUCCACAUGUAUUGUUACCUUAUGAGGAGCAAAAACAAAGACUUCCAAUAUUUAAUGUUAGAAAUCAUAUAUUAUAUUUAUUAGAAAAAUAUCAAGUUUUAGUUUUAGUCGGAGAAACAGGGUGUGGAAAAAGUACUCAACUACCUCAGUACCUGUACGAAGCAGGAUGGACGGAAGAAGGGCAAAUUAUAGGAGUUACAGAACCAAGAAGAAUAGCAGCAACUACUUUGGCCGCAAGGGUAUCAGAAGAAAGAGGAUGUCCUUUGGGUCAACUCGUUGGGUACACGAUAAGGUUCGACGACUGUAGUAAAGUCGGAGAAACAAAAAUAAAAUUUAUGACGGAAGGAAUAUUAAUCAGGGAAAUAAUGUCGGAUCCUUUGUUGAAAAACUACAGCGUGAUAAUACUGGACGAAGUUCACGAAAGAACUUUAUUCACCGAUAUUAUAAUGGGUUUGAUGAAAAAAAUUUUACGUAAAAAUAAGUCGUUGAGAUUGAUCGUGUCUUCUGCCACGGUCGAUGCGGAUGAAUUGCAAUUUUUUUUUAAUUUUAAUAAAACGAAAAAUAAAGAAAAUGAUACGUCGGUCAUACUAAGCGUUCCCGGAAGCUCUUAUUCCGUAGACAUAUUUUAUUUAGAAGAACCGAUUCCCGAUUAUGUUCAAGGCGUCGUCGACACCGUUCUUAAAAUACACGAUAGGGAAUUUCGUGGAGACAUUCUUGCCUUUUUGACAGGUCAAGAAGAAAUCGAAAGAGCGAUUUUGGUAGUGUGCUUACAUGUUUUGCCGAUGCACGGAUCGUUGCCUUACGGUGAUCAGUUGAAAGUCUUUCGUCCGGCCAAACAAUACCAACGCAAAGUAAUAAUUUCAACAAAUAUUGCCGAAACUUCCGUAACAAUUCCUGGAAUUGUUUACGUCAUCGACAGCGGUUUUGUUAAAAUAAGAUGGUUCAAACCGGAAACUGGUAUCGAUUCGUUAUCCAUUGUUCCCAUUUCCCAAGCGUCGGCAAAUCAAAGAGCUGGAAGAGCCGGUAGAAACUGCAGAGGAAAAGCUUACAGACUUUACAGGGAAAGCGAUUUUGAAAAACUUACCAAAGCGACACCGUGCGAAAUGCAAAGAACUGAUCUUUCGCAAGCCAUUUUGCAAUUAAAAGCACUUUACAUACAUAACGUUUUACGAUUCGAUUUUCCUUCCCCUCCUCCUGCUAAAAAUCUCACGGUAGCCUUACAACUCCUUUUUGCACUUAACGCCAUCGACGAAAACGGUGAACUUACCGAUCCUUUAGGUGUUAAAAUGGCUGAAAUUCCGAUACAUCCUUUUUAUUCGAAAAUGCUUCUUGCUUCAGAUCAAUUUCACUGUUCAAAAGAAAUAUUAACAAUAUUAUCGUGCAUUCAAGUCGAAACAAUAUUUGUGAAACCGAAUAGCGGAUCGGCGUCCAUUAGGGCGAGAAUAGAACAUAGAAAAUUUCAAGCGACCGAAGGGGAUUUGAUAACAUUGUUGAACGCAUACGAAGCUUUCGAAGAAAAUGGAAAAAGUAGAGAUUGGUGCAUGAAAUAUUUUUUAAAUUACAAAGGUUUGCUUAGAGUCGCAGAAAUACAAAAUCAAGUGACGAAAUUGUUGGGAAAAGAUUUUAAAUUCGAAUCGGCUGCAGAGGAUGACGUACUAGUACGAAAAGCAAUUACUUCCGGUCUAUUUCAAAACGCCGCUUAUUUACAUUAUUCCGGAGUUUACAAAUCGGUUAGAGGCGAUCAAGAGCUCAGCAUUCAUCCGAGUUCCGUUUUAUACACGCUGGAACAACCGUCUUGGGUUUUGUACUGCGACGUUGUUCACACGAAUAAAGCAUACAUGAAAAACAUAACCGUCAUCGAGCCCGAAUGGUUGGAAGAAUUGGCGCCACAUUACUACGAGAAAAAAGUCGAUCGCGACUAUUAA